CAUUAUAUUGGUAGUUUAUGAAGCAUAACUUGAAUAAGGCUAUUAAUUAAAGAUUAGGCAAGAAAUAGUGCGGAACUACAAGAUCGGCUAAAAGUCUCCAUAAACAAAACUGUCUGUUUUUUGUACGUAUGAUUGCGAAAAAAGAAGGAAGUUUAUAAAGUUUACUUUUUUUAAUUUACGUAUGAAAAAAGAAGAAAAAAGAAGGAAGUUUAUAAAAACUUAAUAUAAAUAAAAAGAGAAAGCAGGAAGAUUUUUUAAAUCAGAAAUCUAAAGAAAUAAUGUCUGAAAGUAAAUUUUCUGGAAACGAACCAAUUGAAAAAAAAUCUACAGAGGUGAAGAUAAUGGAUCGACGAGGUUCAAUAAAUUCAUCAAAUACGAUUGGUGAUGGUAUAUCGAAACCAUCAUUCAACUGGAGUCAGUUAAGAAAAAAAUCUUUUUCCAAAAUUCGUUUAAUUAAAGGAAAAUUUUUAGUAAUAGUUACGGGAGCUGGACAUGGGUUAGGAAGAUCUAUAGCUGGGUUAGCAUUUCAAGACCAAGGAAUAUUCGCACAAGCAUUCUCAGGAUCUAAAGUUAUUAUGGUUGACAAAGAUAUGGACGCACUUAAUGAAACUUCUGGGAAAAAGAUGAGGCAGUUUUUAAAGCACAGAAAAAUAGAUGUUGUUUUAGAAUGUAUUGAUUUGAUGAACUUAACGGAAACAAAAAACUUUUUGAACGAUUUGGUAGCCAAAAACGAUCAAGAUUAUGAACAUAUAGUUUUUGUAAACAAUACCUCAACUCUAGGAAAUAUAUCCCAAACAUUAAUGGAAAAUGAAAACCUUGAAGAGUUAGAAGAAUAUUGGCGCCUAAACAUUACUUCACGCAUAUACCUUACCACCCAAAUUUGUAAACUGUUUCCUUUUUCAAAGAAAACCGUUGUUCAUACAGCUCGGACGGAAAGUACAACAGCAUCCGAAUACAUGGGAUUGUCAAACAUUGCCACUAGUGCAUUUGAUAUGUUUGGACAAACCUUUGCAAAAGAAAAUCCAACAAUACGCGUUCUCUAUUUCACACCAAAUCUUCUUGAUACAAAAAGAUGCAGAAAAAUUGUGGAGGAAUGCCCAAACAAAGAUUUAUGCGAGUCGAUUCAACAAUCGAUAGACCAGGGUACGCUUGAAACACCUUUAGAUGCUGCAAAGAAAAUGUCACGAAUUUUGGAAGAGUAUGAGUUUACACAGGGAGAAGUUUUAAGAAUCAACUUGAAAAAUAAUAAUAUCGAGAUAAAAAAUAACAACAUAGAGAAUGAUAGCUAAAAGACGUAAUCAAUUAUCAUUUUAAUCCUGUCACGACGGUUUUCAAAAAUAUUUAAAGAGAACACAAUGUAUGCCUGUAAAUAAUAAUACGCACUAUUGAAUUUUUUUUUGAAGAAAAUUCUUUUACUUUGUUA